GCCACAUGCUGUAUGAUCCCGUUGAUAGCAAAUGUCCAAAAUAGAGGAAGUCUCUCCGGGAACGCUGGCUAAUGGACGGGGCAGCGGAAGAGCCAGAGCGGCCCCAGGACCCCGCCUCACAGGACCCCCAGUCACCUGAGGACCAGGCUCAGGCUCGCAUCCGGAACCUGGAAGGCAGCUUGUUCACACUCCAGUCCCAGCUGCAGCUGUUACAAAGUGCGUCCACAGGUGCCCAGCACAAGCCCGCAGGCAGGCCCACCUGGCGCCGACAGGGUCACCGUCCUCUAUCCCAGCCCACCGUGGAGGCAGGUCCUGCAGGCCAGAGUGAUCUAAACAAGAGAGCCUCCAUACCAGCCGGACCAGUGGACACAUACCCAGAGUCCCCCUCUAAGUCCAGAGAUGAGUCUGUCGGGGUUCCACCAGCCCCAGGGAGGAUCCCUGAGGCAGCAGGGGCCUCCUCAGAAGCCAAUGGCCCCUGCCCUGGAUCCAGCCCCCCUCCGGAGCAGGAGCCGAGUCAGGGAGUGGUAGCAUCUGACGGGGGAGUGAAUGAGGCCAAAGGGGGAGGCAUGGUGAAGGUGGUCUGGGAGGGGCUAAGGGCCACGGAGGACUGUACCACGGCGCCCACAGGCCCGGAGCUGGAGGCUAAGGUGGAGGAGAUGGUCAUGGAGGCCAUCGGGGAGAGGCAGGAAGCCGGACGCCCAGAGCUCCCUUCGUGGGUCAGGGAGGACAGGGAUAUCGUGGAGGUGGUCUGGGAAGGGGUGGGAGGCACAGAGGGCAGCGACUCAGAGGCCACGGGGGAGGCGGGCAGAGGCCUGGAGGCUGCACAGACCAGCUCACCGAGGCUCCAGGAGGGACCAGGGGGAGCAGCUCCUGGAGAAGGGGAAGGUGCCCCCAGAGGCAGCCCUGAUGGUGAUAGGCAGGGGGGCUUUGGAGGAGAGGAGGGGUCCUUCAUUUGGGUGGAGAGAGUGACCCUCAGUGAGGACUGGGAAGAGCUGCUGGUGGAGGGGUUGGAAGGGCCAAAGGCACUGGGAAGGGAGGGAAGGGAUGAGAGUCCACUGGGGGCAGGCGGCAGAGGCGGGGAGGAGACGUGGGAGGUGGAGAGGAGGUGCGCAGAGGAAUCAGCGGGGAAGAGAGGAAGUGAGGGAAAGGCAGGCACGGAGCCAGAAGGAGCAGAGAUGCCCCUGGUGGUGGAGAGGAAAGGAAGCGAGGAAUCCGUGGAGCCGGAGAGGAGAGGAGUUGAGGAAAAGGUGGAGACAGAGAUGGGAGGAGGUGACGAACCACUGUCGGCAGAAAGAAAAGAAGCUGAAGGACCUCCGAGGGCAGAGAGGGGAGGAGGGGAGGAGCCACUGGGAGUACAGCAGAAAGGAGGUGAGGAAAAGUUAAAGGCAAUUGAAGAACUAUUGGUGACAGAAAGGAAAGAAGGUGAGGAAUCACUGACGGUAGAGAGAAUAGGAGGUGAGGAAGCCUUGGAGGGAAAGGAAAAAGAAGAUGAGGAAUCACUGACGGUAGAGAGAAUAGGAGGUGAGGAAGCCUUGGAGGGAAAGGAAAAAGAAGAUGAGGAAUCACUGAAGGUACAGAGGACGGGUGGUGAGCAGCCGUCGGAGGCAGAGACAAAAGGAGAUGAGGAAUCACUGAAGGCAGAGAGAAUGGCAGGUGAAAAGCCGUUGCAGACAGAGAAGACUCAAGGGGUCGAGGAAGAUCUGAGUCCAGAAGAGCAGAGAGAGUCAGGAGGAAAGGAAUGUCAGGCAGAGGAAGUGAGUGAGGAAGUGGCUCCCCUGGGGGCCAAGGAGGCGCCAAGUCCGGAGGAAGAAGGACAGCAGCCCCAGGAGAAGCAGGAAGGCUCCCCGGAAGCAGAAGCAGUGAAGCCCCAAACCUCUGAUGAGGGCCAGGACCCCUCUGGGGAUGCCAUCCCCCUCCUGGCAGAGACCCCAGCUCAGGAGCAGCCUGCUGAGCGCCAGCCACUGCUUCAGGUGGAGGAGCCCAGGGCCAACCCCAGUGCCCACACUGUGCCCACCUAUGCGCCUGCCCGGCAGCCGGAGCCACCUGCCCCUCCUGAGGGCGAAGAGGCGAGUGGCUCUAAGCAGAAGACGUGCCAGUGUUGUGCGGUUAUGUGA